AUGAAAUGCUUUUUCUGUAUGGCAGAAACAGAGCAUUUUUGCUUAUGCUUAGGCGAAAGCUCAAUUGUUUGUGAAAAGCAUGCUCUUUGGCACACAAACAAAAAUCCUUUAGCUUCGCAUAAGUUUGAAAAGAUUGAUCAUUAUCCAAAUAAUCAAGAAAAAAUUAUGCUUGCCAAUAACCUAAAAGAAAAAAUCAGCAUUUUAGAGACCAUAAAAUCUAAUAAAAUAAAAGAAAAACGCAAAGAGAUUGAAAGAAUCUUAAAUGAAUUCCAAAAAACAUUAAAAUUAAUCGAUGAAGACAUAUGAAAUCUUAGCUGCCUUAUAAAGACAAUAUUUUCUUCAAAAAAGUUCUCAAGGAUUGAGAAUUCUGCAAUUAUUUCACUGUUUAAUUCGUCAUAUGAACAAACAAUAAAAAUCCUUGAAGAUAAUGGCUGAUUAAAUUUUCAAAAGUUCAUUAAAAUUAGCUCAAAAUAUCAUUAUAAGGAAGCUCAAGUAACAAGGCGAGACCAAAUCUCUUUAGAUUCAAAAUAUUUGCUUAAUCCAGCUAAUAAUUUAGAAAUUCCUAGUCUCCAAAGUAUUGAAACCUACAGAGAAAUACCAAAAUCAAAUGCAGUGUGGUCAAAACUUACAGAAGAUGGAACUUUUGUACCUUAUAGCCAAGCUGAUAACGACAUAAUUGAAAGCUCAUAUCAAAAAAAAGAUCCUUUUGCUUCUAUUGGUGGUGAUGGCAGCCAAUGCUUCGUAAGUUUAACAUCCCCAAUUUUAGAAAUCCAAGAAGUGAGAAGUUUAAUUACAAAGGUCUUAAGAAAUAAUAGCCCAGAAAUUUUUGACUCUAGAGCCAUAUUAAAGCCUUGGUACUAUAAAAGCGACAAAGGAUGAGAAGUAAUGGCUCCUGAAGCUUCAAGAAUAGCUGAAUACGCGUAUCAGAAUGAUUAUAAGGAAGCCUUAAUUCAAGGGGAAAAUAAGAAAUCAUACCGACUUGACUUGGUAAACAUGAAACAGAUUAAUCCUAAAACAAAUUAUCAAAGAGAUAUUAGAAGGGGCAACGAGCUAGGCAAGGUAAAAAAAACGUAA